AUGGAAUCAACAUCCCGAGCUCGAGGGGAUGACCAUAACGCCGGUCGCAGAGCUCGCGAGCUCUAUCGCUACUUUCGACCUGAACGUCUCUCUCAACCAGACUCCAUCAGUGUGAGUAACGCUUCGAUCGCCGAUGGUUCUCUCCCGCCAGCCACGGCGCAAGCCCUCGAUGGCUCGAUUCAUGCGCCCUCUGCAUCCUCAGCCUCACCGCCGUCCCCACCACAAUUGUCACCACCGCUGGUGACAACUGGGGAAGCUUCUCCGUUCUCUCCAGCCGUCUCUGAAACUUUGGUUCUAGGCCAGAACAAUGCCACUUUGACCUCCUUUGCUCAGCUUGCAGCGCUGCGUCUAAAUGUGGAGCGUGUGAUUAUCAGUGUAUCCGACCGAGAUUCGCAGUUCAUUCUCGCUCAAGCAAGUCAGUCCCCCGUCGGUAGUGAUGUCCGUUCUUAUGAAGCUGGGAAAAAUGGGGUCUGGGAAGGUUGCUCCACCCUGCCGUCUAGUGCUUGGGGGAUGUGCGAGGCUACGGUAGCACUUCCGCCGUCUUCGAGGGAUCCCAAAGAAUACAGUUUUUUUGUGGUCAAUGACCUGCAGGAUAGCGAGCCGUAUAGAAACCUCUCUUUCGUCAACGACGGACCUCGUUUUCGCUUUUACGCCGGAACGCCUCUAACGACAGAAACGAAUAUCAACAUUGGGUGUUUUUUUGCGCUGGACACCAAACCUCGCGAUGGCUUUUCCGACCUUGAGAAGGAGACACUUGGCUCGUUGGGAAUGCUCAUCAUGGAGUACUUACAGGUGAGCCGGCAGGCCUCCGAAGGAAGACGUGCGGCUCGAUUGUCUCGGGGUCUGAGUUAUUUCGUAGAGGGCAGUUCUAGCUUUGUCGACCCUCAUCCCUCGUGUUCAGGGAGUUCUGCCCCUACGCUUAGCACCCCCGCGUCGUCCGGUGUGAGGGCCAACCACCUCUCGGUCGGGUCCUCUCAGAGUUUCGAACUUCCCUCCAAACGCUCUCACAGCGUCGAUGCGCGCUCCAUCAGCUCGGUAUCCGACUCAAAAGCUGACAAUGGCGAUCAAAACAAUUCUUCCGGCCCGGACACGCCACUCCCAGAUUGGUGGGCGGGAAGUAGAAGGAAGGGGCUGACGUUGGAUGAAUCGCAUAGCGGCUCCUGGGCGUUUCGAAGAGCCGCCAAUCUUCUCCGCGAAAGUCUUGAGUUGGAUGCCGACGGGGGUGUUAUCUUUUUGGAGGUCAAUAACAGCCACAUGCUUGAUAUCGAGACCGGGAGUGAUUGCUCAGGAGACAACGGUACCCCGGUUCCUGUAUUGGCGGUCUCCACCCAAGACGAACCCUUUGCCCCAGGGCCGGGCUCGACAGUGCUAUACCCUGCCGCAAAUCUCGACAGCGGGUUUUUGCACCAGCUGCUGCGUCGGUACACCAAGGGCAAGCUUUGGUCCUUUCAUCGAGAUGGAAUUCUUUCUAGCUCCGAUGACGAGCAGCCAAACAGAAAUCGCUCAAGAAGCACGAAACCCACCGAAAUGCCGCGGGGCAGUGGCAAGAAGUGGAAACAAUCGGAAAACGCCAUGUUGAAUUUGUUCUUUCCGAACGCGACUCAGGUCAUGUUCGUUCCUUUGUGGAACGCGGCAAAUUCCCAGUGGUUCGCAGGUUGCUUUUGCUGGAACACAAUAGAGACACGUGUCUUCAGCCCUUCUGUCGAGCUGAGUUCGGUUCUGGGCUUCGGAUCAUCCAUCAUGGCAGAGUGCAACCGGGUCCAGUCCCUGAUCUCCGAUCGGCAGAAGGGUGAUUUCAUCGGAAGUAUCUCGCAUGAACUUCGCAGUCCACUCCACGGCAUUUUGGCGGCCACAGAGUUUUUGCACGGCACAAACCUCGACGAAUUCCAAUUGUCUCUGCUGGAAACGAUCAACGCGUGCGGUCGGACACUGUUGGAUACUAUGAAUCAAGUCCUAGACUUCAGCAAGAUUGUGUCCCUCGAGAGGACCUGGCGUCAGCUCAAGAGGAGCAAGACUUCGCCGUCGGAAUUGACGAACAUGGACAAGAUCUCUGCGCAUCUGGACACAUUUAUCACCACGGAUCUUGCCAUUCUGGCUGAGGAGGUGGUGGAAGGCUCUAUGCUUUUACCGAACUCGGCUGCCACGCUCCCGCUUCCGCGGCGAAAGCCCAAGUCGGAUACUUCAGCGGAGGUGGAAGUGGUGAUGGAUAUCGCACAGAACAAUUGGGUGUAUCGGACUCAACCGGGUGCGUUGCGGCGCAUUAUCAUGAACGUCUUUGGCAAUGCCAUGAAGUACACCGAGUCGGGCAGGGUUUCGGUGCUCUUAGAGGUCACCGAGGCGUCCGAGAGUCGGUCACGCCGACAUGGUGUGGAGGAACUUGUGACCCUGACCGUUUCUGAUACGGGCAAAGGCAUCUCGGAAGAGUUCUUACGAGGACGAUUGUUCACACCAUUUGCUCAGGAGGAUACUCUGGCGGUGGGAACUGGGCUGGGGCUAUCGAUCGUUCGGAGUCUCGUCAAAGCGUUAAACGGGACUAUCAACAUCCACAGCCGGCCUGGCGAAGGCACGACUGUCAAGGUAUCUCUUCCUUUGACGCGCCCGGAACCGGGGGAUAGUCUCGAGGACAGCUUGACUUCACAGUCGACUCCGUCGAGGCAGGACGACACCAUGAACGAGGCCUUCUCGCUCCGCGACAGCCAUGGCGGCAGACGUGUCGCCAUUCUCGGUAUUGAGCCUGCUGAUGCCCUCGAACAUCGCUUCUGGGCUAUCAUUGCACGCUACCUGACGGACUGGUACGGCCUGGAGCUGGUUUCCUUGGCGUCACAAGAGUCCAUCGAUGUGCUUUUGGCAGACGAGGAGAGUUUGUCGAGCAUCCCAAAGGAGGCUGUCUCUGGCAUUCUCCCUUCGCUCUUGAUCCUCUGCAACAAGUCGGUUGAUUACAGCGCUAUCCGGGCCGAGUGGUCACCGAUUGCCGCUUUUGUCGACAUCAUCCGUCGCCCCUGCGGCCCGCACAAGCUUGCCCGUUGCAUCAGGAAAUGUCUUGACAAUGGACCACGUGGGAACAUCUCGUUGGGGCCGCGCAUUGAACUUCCCGAACGACCCCAGAUGCGUAGUGGCAUCCCUUCGCCGGGUGCGGACUUGCCAGACGCAGACCCACUUGCUUCGACCUGUGAUCUCACUUUCGCCACCUCAAUCAGACCUAGGGCCCUUUCCUCUGAGGAUUCGGGUCAGUCACAAAGUUCGUCCGACAUUGCCGACGUACCUCACGGGAGCGAUACAUCCAUAUCGCCACUGCCCACGCCGCCGGAGACGGCGUGCAAGCGCGUCGAGCGCAAGGCGCGCAUCCUCGUGGUGGACGAUAAUUCGAUCAAUCUGAAUUUGAUGUUGACGUUCAUGAAGAAACAAGAUCUGGAGGUUCUGGAUUCGGCAGAGAAUGGCAAAUUGGCCGUGGACGCGGUGGAAAGGUUGCAGCAGGGUUACGACCUUAUUUUCAUGGAUAUGUCCAUGCCGGUUAUGAACGGGUUCGAAGCCACGCGCGCCAUCCGGGCACUGGAGAGAGAGCGCGACGGGUGUGGGCCCGCCACGAUCAUUGCGCUGACGGGACUGAGCAGUUCGCGUGACGAGUCGGAGGCACUGACGUCCGGGGUGGACUUGUUUUUGACGAAACCGGUGUCGUUCAAAGAAGUCUCGAGACUGUUGGAUGAAUGGGCGGAACGGGGACUGCGGGAUAGAAAGUCCCCAUCUCCGUCGCCCUCUGCUUCAUGA